ACCAUUUAUUACUGUAAAACAUCAGGGCAACAUUUUUAGUUUCGCGUGAUGUAUAAUACGGGACUAUUUAUAUGAGAGCCGCUGACAGGCAGUUCUUCGGUCGCUCUCAAAUAUGGCCACCAUGAUGGAGUGAAUGCAAUAACUUUAAUUUUCAGAUUUUUAAGGGGAGAAACUCACCCCUUUCGCAUUGUAAAAACAAUAUUCAAUCGGAAAUAUACUUCAAAUAUAUUUUCAUUCGUUGGAAAGCCUUGGAUAAAUCAUCGGUUGGAUCCCUGCUCAUUUAAAUUGUAUGGGAGCUAGAAAGAAAAUAGAAUUGUGAUCUAUUUCGUAAGCGUUCUUUUUCUCUCUUUGAAUGUUUUUUAACCUCAUUGCGUUUUUGGAAGGUUUGCAACAGCAGGCGAAUGUGGAUUUCUUUCGUUUUUUUCUGCGAAGAAUAAAAGAUGAUCGCUACCAGUGGGAUGCAACAUCUUUUUGUAUUUUGCGGUGUGUGAUCUGUUGUUUAAAGGGAGAGAAGCUGUGUUCACUGUUGGAUCGUUUACCUUCCACCAUUCAUAACUGGAUUAACUGAUUUCGGAAUAUACUUCUUUCGAAACGAAUAAACUACAUUGGCAAUUUUCACAAUAUUUUUUGAACUGGCGAGUGGUCUACCCCCCAUACCCAAGAAGACCCUCCACAAUACUAAACAAAGUAUUACAUUUCACAUAUGACAUUACUGGUCAUGAAGGAAAUAAUUCCAAACUUCUAGGGUUAAAAAGAAUGUCAUCAGAGGAUAAGAGUCUGGAGGCCUCUGACCAAGGACCAUCGCCGCCGCCCCCUGGCAGUGCUGGGGCCACGCCCACGGGCAGCCCGGCCACGCCCACGGGCAGCCCAGCCGCCACAGACAGGCGUCCCCGGGGCCGGCCGCGCAAGGAUGCCGUCGUGCCCCCGACCGCGCCCGUACCCACAACCAGGCCCAAAAAGAAGUCUCGUAGCCGCGGAAGAGCCGCGGCCGACGAUGAGGACAGCAUGGACGGGGUGGAGAUGGCGGGAUCUCAGAGUGCUCAGGACAUGGAAACGAGCGGACAGCAGGAGGCGGAGGACGGGAGCGAGCCGGCGGGGGCCGCCGAGGGGCCGGCGGAGGAGGACGAGAGCUCGGGCCCCUCGCCGGGGGGGAGCCAGCGCCAUGAGUCAGCGGGGUGCUCUGCCUCUGCCGCCACACCAACCAAAAGCAGUGAACUGCUCUGUGCCUUCUGCUACUGUGGAGGGCGGAGCCUUCUAGGGCAGGGUGAGCUGAAAACCUUCGGCCCCACCCCCGGAUACGCCCCCCAGCACCGCCCGGACCGGACAGGAAGCGCAGAGGACCGCGGCGAGGAAAGCCCGGCCCGGAACUCCAGUUGGCGUUGGCCGAGCGGCCCGAGAACGUCCUGCUCGCCCUUCGCCCCUGGACCCGGGGAGGACCCUGCCAACAGAUUCUGGGACGAGCUUGGGCAGGUCGGGCUCCCGGACGAUAUCGAUGUCCACUCUCUCUUUGAUAUUUCAGGCGGGUGCUGUGCCCAUCAGCACUGUGCGGAGUGGUCGGAGGGCGUGUACCAAGGAGAGAGCCAAUCGCUGUGCAACGUGGACAGAGCUGUCGACUCAGGGAGCACAGAGCACUGUGCAUACUGUAAGCGCCUUGGAGCAUCCAUCAAGUGCUGUGAGGAGACGUGCGGCCGCCUGUACCACUACCCCUGCGCCGCCGCCGCCGGAGCCUUCCAGAACGUCAGGGGCCACACCCUGCUCUGCCCGGAGCACAUCCAACAGGCCGUCGACAGAUCCCAGCAGGAUGCCAGCUGUGUCCUGUGCGACAGCCCUGGAGACCUGCUGGACCAGCUCUUCUGUACCAGCUGCGGUCAGCACUACCACGGAAUGUGCCUGGACAUCGCGACCACCCCUGUCAAGAGGGCCGGCUGGCAGUGCCCCGAGUGCAAGGUCUGCCAAACUUGCAAGAACCCCGGAGAAGACAGCAAGAUGUUGGUGUGUGACACGUGUGACAAAGGCUACCACACCUUCUGCCUGCAGCCUGCCAUGGACUCCCUCCCCACCAACGGCUGGAGGUGUCAGAACUGCAGAGUGUGUGUCCAGUGCGGCUCCAGGACCAGCGGUCAGUGGCACCACAACUGCCUGCUGUGUGACGGGUGCUACCAGCAGCAGGAUGCGAUGCCCACCUGUGCCCUCUGCCGGACCCCCCUCACCCCGGAGAGCCAGCGGGACCUGCUGUCCUGCCACGUCUGCAAGAGGUGGCUGCACCUGGAGUGCGAGCGACAGGUGAAGGGCGACGCGGAGCUCCAGGUCAGGGAGGACUACGUCUGCACGGACUGCCGGCUGGAGGAGCUGGCGGAGGAGAAGGCGUCGGUCGGCGACGCCGGGGAGUUCGCGGAGGAGCCGCCGGAGCCCGGGUCGGAACCCUCAGGAGAUGAUGUCAUAGAGGAGAUGUUCCUGGCAGAGCACGUGCCCAAUCAGAUGGCCAUCAGCGACAUACAGAAAUGUUUCACAUCAGCUAUGGGACCGGGGCGUGAGAUCCAGGUGACCGUGACCGUGAUGGAGAGUCCCGAAUCUCCACCUCAAAGGGUGGAGGAGCCCGACCCGCCGUCGCUGGUCACGGCCUACCGGAAGGCCGACGUGGUGCUGGACGCGGUCGCCGAGACCGUCGAGUCGGAGGACAUGUCGCCGGAGCCUCCGCCCGAGGAGCCGGAGGAAGAGCCGGGGGCGGAGUCUCCGCCAAGGCCGUCGCCCUCGCCAACCAAAGAGACGGCCGCCGAGCCCCUGGAGGCGGAGGGGGAGGAGCCUAUGGAGGUCUCGCCCGCCGAGCGUUCCGGGCCAGACGCGGCGGUCGAGGCGACCGCCCCGGAGCCGCCGGGGCCGCUGACCGGCGAGGAGGAGCCGGAGGGCGAGGAGGAGCCGGAGGGCGAGGAGGAGCAGGAGGAAGAGGAGGAGGCGAAAGCUCUCGUCCCUGUGGAGGUGGAGCCGGAGCCCGAGGAGGUCCCGGCGGCGACGGGGUCCAGCCCCGCCGUGGAGAUGGACACCACGCCGCCGAGCGAGCGCAGCCUCCCCAACCUCAGCCCCCCCGCCGAGGAGAGCGCCCCCAAACGCUCGCCCCCGGAGGAGCGGCCCGCCCCCUCGCCCCCGCCCGCCUGGCCCUCCCCCAAGGAGCUGUCGCCUCCCCACGCCGCGGCCGGCGAGCACGGAGGAAGCGCGCCCCCCACCACCUUCAUCCCCGUCACCCCCAAAAUCGGCAUGGGGAAGCCCGCCAUCUCCAAGAGGAAGUUCUCUCCCGGGAGGCCCAGGGCCAAGCAGGGGGUGUGGAUCGCCCGCGGCAACACACACUCACCUUCAUGGUCGCUGGACCAAUCAGAGGGGUGGGACUCCCCAAAGACCAGGCAGUCCCCGACCACACCCACCUGGAGCAUCAAAGUGGGUCGGGGGUCAGGCUUUCCAGGCAAGAGGAGGCCCAGGGGGGCCGGGCUCUCCGGACGAGGGGGGCGGGGCCGCUCGAAGCCCAAGAACGGAAUCAGCCCCGUCGCGACUCCUGGAGUGCCGGUGGGCGUCAUGGAGACUGCGUUCCCAGGGAAGGAGGAGGAGGAGAACGCCAUGCACAACACUGUGGUCAUGUUCUCCAGCUCCGACACCUUCACUCUCAAACAGGACAUGUGCGUGGUGUGCGGGAGUUUCGGACAGGGUGCUGAAGGCCGGCUGCUGGCCUGUGCCCAGUGUGGCCAGUGCUACCACCCCUUCUGCGUCAACAUAAAGAUUACGCGAGUGGUGCUGAGCAAAGGCUGGCGCUGUCUGGAGUGCACGGUGUGUGAGGAGUGUGGGAAGGCCACGGACCCCGGGCGCCUGCUGCUGUGUGACGACUGUGACAUCAGUUACCACACCUACUGCCUGGACCCGCCCCUGCAGACCGUCCCCAAGGGCAGCUGGAAGUGCAAAUGGUGUGUCUCCUGUACCCAGUGCGGUGCCACCUCCCCUGGCCCUCGCUGCGAGUGGCAGAACAAUUACACCCAGUGUGCCCCCUGCGCCAGCCUGGCCACCUGCCCCGUCUGCCUGCGCAGCUACUGCGAGGAGGAGCUCAUCGUGCAGUGCCGACAGUGCGACAGGUGGAUGCACGCCGCCUGUCAGAACCUCAACACGGAGGAGGAGGUGGAGAGCGCGGCCGAGGACAGCUUCGACUGCACCAUGUGCCGGGUCCACACACCACCGUCUCAGGUCACCACGGUCGCAGUCUCCACGGAACCCGUCGAGCAGCCAAUCGCAGUGCAGAUCGUGACGAAAGUCAAGGAACUGGACCCGGCGAAGACGUACACGCAGGACGGCGUGUGCCUGACCGAGUCGGGCCUGUCCCAGCUGCAGAGCCUGGCGGCGGCCGCGUCCCGACGCAAGCGGCCCAAACCCAAGCUCAAGCUGAAGAUCAUCAACCAGAACAGCGUGGCGGUGCUCCAGACCCCGCCCGACCCCCACUCCGAGCACUCCCGCGACGGAGACCUGGACGACAGCAGAGAGGGAGACCACUUGGACUGUGAGGGGAAGUCCGACUCCAGCCCCGAGCGAGAGCCCGCCGACGAGGACGGCAAGGGGGCGGAGGGCCCGGACGGGGCCAAGAAGAGGAAAAGGAAGCCGUACCGCCCGGGCAUCGGCGGGUUUAUGGUGCGCCAGAGAAGCCGGGCAGGUCAAGGCAAGGCCAAACGCUCCCUCUCCAGGAAGGACUCCUCAGGGUCCGUGUCGGAGAACCCACUAGGGAAAGAUGAAGGUUGGAGCGAGGCGUUGCCGGACACGCCGGUGGAGGAGAACGUGCCAGGGUCCGAGUGUCUGGAGAAGGCCAAGAAACGCUACCGCAAGAAGAAAACCAAACUGGAGGAGGCUUUUCCCUCCUACCUGCAGGAAGCCUUCUUCGGGAAAGAGCUGCUGGACAAAAGCAGGCAGAGCAAGCAGGCCCUAGAGACGGGCCUCUCCGACGACGACCGCAGCCACGGCCACGCCCACACGGACGGCAAGCCCUCGAGCGCCAGCUUCCUGGACCCCUCCUCGGACCCGCUGCUCAGCGCCGCCGCCACGCCCGCCUCCACCAAGCCCGGGGCUCAGACCAACUCUGAGGAUCCACUGGAAGACCUUUCAGAAGUGUUGAACACUGACGCUGACAUCCUGGGAAUGCUGUCAGGUGACCUGGGGAAACCGACCGAUGAUUCCGGUCUUGAUUUAUGCCCUUUCCAGGUCGAGAACCCUCCCUCUCCAUUUGCAGGCCUGGACAUCGGUCCCAUCACGGACGAUUCGGCAGCCACGCCCCAGACCCUCCCUACCCGCGGCCCUCGCACCCUUCCGGAAGAGCCGCUGGACCACAUCCUCAGCCCAGAACUGGACAAGAUGGUCACUGACGGUGCCAUUCUCAGCAAACUGUACAAAAUUCCAGAACUGGAGGGUAAGGAUGUGGAGGAGCUCUUCACUGCCGUGCUGAGCCCCACCCCCAGCCAGCCUCCUCAACUGGUUCAGCCCCCGCCUUCUACCGCUGUCCCACCUCCACCAGGCCCCGCCAUGCCACUGUCCAACCCAGGCAAUGGCAUGUUUCCUCGGAUGCCGAUGAUGAACGGCAUGAUGGGACAUGGACCCCACUUCCCGGCGACGCCCCUGAGCCCUGGAGCUGGACCCUGCGUCUCCACUUCCUUCUCUCCCCUGCAUAGGCUGCCCUUCCCUGAUAACGCACGAGAUAAGAAGUUUAGUCCAAUGGGGAGAGACGGACCGGGCCCCUGGGGCACGCCUGGCCCUGCCCCUCCCCUGGAGGGGGAGGCGGACACUAUGUCCAACGCCCAGAGGAGUACGCUGAAGUGGGAGAAGGAGGAGACCCUGGGGGAGAUGGCCACUGUGGCCCCAGUCCUCUACACCAAUGUCAACUUCCCCAACCUCCGGGACGAGUUUCCCGACUGGUCUACGAGAGUUAAACAAAUUGCCAAAUUGUGGAGGAAAGCCAGUUCCCAGGAAAGAGCUCCAUAUGUGCAAAAGGCCAGGGAUAACAGGGCUGCCCUUCGCAUAAAUAAAGUUCAGCUGUCAAAUGAGUCUAUCAAACGGCAGCAGCAGCAGCAGCAGCAUCCACAACAGCCACCGGACACCUUUGACCCCAUCGUUCCCAUGGAGACGGACCUUUUCAAGGACCCACUGAAGCACAAGGAGUCUGAGCACGAGCAGGAGUGGAAGUUCCGACAGCAAAUGAGGCAGAAAAGCAAGCAGCAAGCCAAGAUUGAAGCCACGCAGAAGUUGGAACAGAUGAAGAGUGAACAGCAGCAACUGCAGCAGCAGCAGCAGCAGGGCAGUAAUCCAGAUGGGGAAACUCCUGGCAGCGGCAACCAGAGUCCUGUAACUCCUCAGGGGAGCAAUGGGAAUGUGUCCCCCAUGCAGCAGACCUCAUCCAAAGAUGGGUUCGCCAGACCGCAGCUACCAGGGCCAUCGACGCCAGGUUCUACUGAUGACGUAUUCCUACGGCCUCCUCCCCCUCCCCCCGCAGGGUCCCGGACACCGGCCCAGGACACCUGCCUGCAGGGCCAGUCAUCCCAGCCACAGUCUCCGCAAGUGUUUUCCUCCCCCAGUUCAUCUGGGUCCAGACCAUCCUCCCCGUGGGAUCCAUACGCCAAAAUGGUAGGGACUCCACGGCCACCACCCUUGGGGUCGAGUACACCCCGGAGGAACUCUGAGUCCGGUAAGUCCCCACGAUCUCUGCCAGAGCAGCAGGAAAGAGGGCGACCUUCGCCAGCUCAUGAGUCCUUCGGCUCGCCAACAUCCAUGAGCAGUGACCCAUACGCAAAGCCACCUGACACACCCAGGCCUGUGGCAGCCGCAGACCCAUUUUUAAAACCCAUGGGACCCCCCAGGCCAAGUCCCGGCUCUGAACAACAUGGAAGGCAGGCAAUGAGCUCCAUAGCAGGUGAAACUUUCGUCAGGCCAGCACUUCGAAAUGAGGUCUACCAACGGAUGCCACAGAACAAAAUGAUCUUGUCGGAUCCGUACUCCAGGCCUCUUUUGACUCCUAUCCCUGGAAGCAAUGAGUCCGGCUCUGUGUCUGUGUUCAAAAUGCCAAUGCCACCGCCUCAAUCGCAAGAUCUCUAUGGCUCCAUGAUUUCUGCCCCACGCCGCGGGUCUAUUGACCCAUACGAGAGACCUGUGCUGACCCCCAGACCACUGGAUGGAGUCUCUCAAAAUCAGCCAGGCGAUCCAUAUGCACAUCCUCCCCUCACUCCCCGUCCAUCAAUGAAUGACUGCUUCCCCAACCCUCCAAGGAUGGUGCGCCUCCCACAGGGCAACCCCUUCACCCAACCUGGUUCCCGCGAACCUCCAAGAGAUUCAUAUACUCACGCUCCUUCUACCCCAAGGCCUGAUUAUUCCCAAUCCAUGCCUGACCCCUAUGCUCAACCGCCAGGUACUCCGCGACCCUCAUCUGACCCCUAUGCCCAGCCGCCAGGUACUCCGCGACCCUCAUCUGACCCCUAUGCCCAGCCGCCAGGUACCCCACGACCCCUACCUGACCCCUAUGCCCAACCACCAGGCACCCCACGACCCCUACCUGACCCCUAUGCCCAACCACCAGGCACCCCACGACCCUCAUCUGACCCCUAUGCCCAACCACCAGGCACCCCACGACCCUCAUCUGACCCCUAUGCCCAACCACCAGGCACCCCACGACCCUCGUCUGACCCCUAUGCCCAACCGCCAGGUACUCCACGGCCCCUACCUGACCCCUAUGCCCAACCACCAGGCACCCCACGACCCUCUUCUGACCCCUAUGCCCAACCGCCAGGUACUCCACGGCCCCUACCUGACCCCUAUGCCCAACCACCAGGUACCCCACGACCCUUGCCCGAUCCUUAUGCCCAACCUCCUGGCACCCCAAGGCCUUCAUCAAGCCUGUACGCUCAGCCUCCCCCAGCCAGUACCCGUCCAGUUGCUGUGGAGCAGUACCUACAGCAGCCUCCCAAUCGAAAGCCGUCCCCCUCACAUUCAGCAGACCCUUACGCCCAGCCUCCCGGCACCCCAAGGCCCAUAGCAGGAGAGAGGUUCUCUAAAUCGCCUGGCAGCCAGAGAAUCUCUGACCCCUAUGCCCACCCUCCAGGGACCCCGAGACCUUUGAGCAAUGACCCGUAUGUGCAGCCACCCGGGACACCCCGACCAGUGCUGAGCGAUCCCUAUGCACAACCUCCAGGAACUCCAAGGCCCGGAGCAGGCCCAGAUGGGUUCAACAGAGCAAUCAUAAGGCCUGGGUCCACAUCUAGUCAGGACCCUUUCUCACCACCUCAGGCUAGAAUGCAGGAGACCUUUGUACGUCCAGCUGCCCCUGGCUCUCAGACACCAAAGCAUUCUGGGAUGUCAGACAAUGGAUUUUCUCCGUCUCAUCUGCCUAACCAGACGCCUGUGCAUGAUCCCUAUGAGCAGGCCCCCAUGACCCCACGGCCACCAUCUGGGGAAAGGCUCUCUCAUGACAUGAAUGAUCAAGGGAUGUCGCAGGAGGGAAGCUCCCAGGAUUUGGGCCAUUUCUCAACCCUUUCGCAAAGUACUGGAACACCCUCUGAAGCACAUAAUGCUGGACCAGCAGACACAGAAGAGAAGUUCAGACAGGUUCAGCGCCAGAGAAUACGAGAACUGAUCCUAAAACAACAGCAGCAGAAACAGAAUGCGGUUCGCCAAGAGAAGGGCCUACAGGAGCAGGGUGUGGCUGCAGGUCCUGGAACCCCCCGCCACUGGUCACAGGAGAACCCCAGUCAGCACAAUGAGCUGUUUAGCCGGCCGCCACCUCCCUACCCAGGGACUAUGAGGGGUCCCCUGCGGUACCCUGGGCCUUUCCCUGGGGACCGACGGGCAUCAUUUCCUAAUGAAGGCCAUUUCGUCAGGCCCCAGUAUCCUGGAGACAUUGCUAAUAUGGGCAUGAGGCCACAUGGGCCAAGGUUUGCAUAUCCCCCUGGUGGGCAGGGUCCCCAUGGAGGACAGGAGCGCUUCCUGAACCCUCCUCACCAGAUGCAGGCACCCAUGAUGGACCUGCCCCAACAGAUGCGGAGGCCCCCACCUGUUGACUUAGUCAGAUCCAUGGGUAACAACAUGACGGGACUUCCCCAACACUUUCCCCCGCGAGGUAUACCGAUGCAGCAGCACAACAUCAUGGGGCAGCCCUUCAUAGAGCUUCGCCACAGGGCUCCUGAAAGCAGGAUGAGGCUUCCCUUUGGACCCCAGGUUAUGGCUGGGAAUGUCAUGGACCCCCCUCAGAGGCAGCCAGGGUUGAUGGGCGGACCAGACAUUGGGUUCCCUUUGAGCCAGGGUCCCAGGAUGAUGGAUCCUGCGAUGAGUCAGCCUUUGGGAAUGGGUGGUCACAUGCAGAUGUCAUCAAGUAUGGAAAACUUACACCAGCAGCCCAUGCAAAUGAACACUGGGCCUCAACACCCUCCGCUAAUGCGAUCUCAGAGCCAUCUGAACCCCAGUGAAUCCUUCACGGCUGCCCCAACUAUGCUUCUACCUCCAGCACCGGCAGAACAAUCUGAGGAAAUCCCCAUAGCCACAGCCGAUGCGAUCGAGGAAAAAUUGGAUGCCGAUGACUCCGCUGUGAAAGACCUGGAAGAUGUGGAGGUGAAAGAUUUGGUCGAUGCAGACCUGGAGAACCUCAACCUUGACCCGGAUGAUGGCAAAGACUUGGACCUCGAGACUAACGACUUGCAUCUGGAUGAUUUUCUGAGGUCAGGGAAGUUUGACAUCAUCGCCUACACAGAUCCCGAGCUGGACCUGGAGGACAAGAAGGACAUGUUCAAUGAAGAGCUGGAUCUCAGUGAUCCCAUUGAUGACCAUAGUGAGACCUCAGAUCUUCAGAAGGCACUGUCGGAGAAAAGGAAUGCCAGUGCCGGUGGUUCUGGGUCGUCUUCCCAGGUGACUACAGAAUCCAGGGAGUGCAAAUCUGCUGAUGCAGCAGAGUGCCUCAGCCAGAUCAAACAGGAGGGUGGUUGUCAGAGUGCCAAAGAACUGUGUACAGAGCAGACUAUCAAAACUGAAGGCAAAGACUGCUUUUUGCAGGGACAGGAGGCCUCUGUCUGUAGAGAUCAAACUAACAAGGGGGCUGCACUCCCCCAGGAGGUACCUGGCCAGCAAGCUGUUCAGCCUUGUGCCAGCACCCUCUCUGACUCCACCCCAGUCCUCUCUAGCUUGCUUGUCAAGGAGAAGACGGAGGACACCCAAAUUGGCCCUGUUUGUCCUGAUCAGAGCAACCCAACAGCUCAGUCCAGUCAAGUAUCAGGAAUGCCACAGAAUACCGGUGCCAUGAUGCCGGCUGUACAAAUCCCAGAACAUGGAGUGAACCCUGGCCUUAGCUUGGGACACAUGAUGGACACACAGGGAGCUCCGCUGGCGAAUCCCAACAUCAUGCAGGGACAGCCUCCUUGCCAGAACUUCGGAGCCGCCCAACCAGUCGACCAAAUGCUCACUGUUGGGAACCAGCCCAAUAUGAGUCAGGCUCAGCAGGCUAUGUUCUCUCAGGCUAUGGGCCCACAAGGACAGCAGAACAGACCCCUCCUGUUAGAUGAACAGCCCCUCCUCCUGCAGGACCUCCUCGACCAGGAGAGGCAGGAACAGCAGCAGCAGAGGCAGAUGCAGGCUAUGAUCCGCCAACGGUCCAGUGACUCCUUCUUUCCCAACAUCGACAUUGAUGCCAUCACCGAUCCUAUCAUGAAAGCGAAGAUGAUCGCCUUGAAGGGAAUCAACAAAGUGAUGGUGCAGAACAACAUGGGAAUGGCACCCAUGGUCAUGAACAGCAGGUUUCAGUUGGGUCCUCAUCAGGCACCAGCUGCAGAGUGCCCCGAAAACAUGCCUGUUCCCCAGCAGGCUGUUGGAAUGGAUGGUAAGUUGUUACCACACAUGGCAAGACCUAAUCCUCCAAAUUUUGGCCCAGGAUUUGUCAAUGAUGCUCAGAAGAAGCAGUAUGAGGACUGGCUCAAGGAAACCCAGCAGCUGCUCCAGAUGCAGCAGAAGUUUCUGGAAGAGCAGAUUGGGGCCCACAGGAAAUCUAAAAAGGCCCUCUCUGCCAAGCAGCGCACAGCCAAGAAAGCUGGCCGUGAGUUUCCUGAGGAAGAUGCCGAGCAGCUUAAGCAUGUGACGGAGCAGCAAGGCAUGGUGCAGAAGCAGCUCGAGCAGAUCCGGAAGCAGCAGAAGGAGCACGCCGAGCUGAUCGAGGAGUACCGAGUGAAGCAGCAGCAGUGCGCCAUGCAGCAGGCUGGCAUGCCGGGGGCACCGGCCCAGCCGGGCAUCAUGCCAGGCGGCGCCCCCAUGAACCCGCCCGUCAUGAACCCCAUGAUGCAGAUGCAGCCCCACCCGGGACAGCCCAAUCCGACCCGCAUGCCCAACGCACCAGGCUGGCACCCCGGUGCCCCCCUCCCCAUGGGUGGGCCCAGGAUGCCCAGCAUCGUGCCACCCCAGACGGCCCCGCCCACCAACCCCGCCCAAGCCCCCCAGCAGCCACCCCCCUUGGGCGGGGGCGCACCCGCUCAGCCCCCUGGGGAUUCCCCUCACGUGAAGUUCGACGACAACAACCCGUUCAGCGAGGGCUUCCAGGAGAGGGAGCGGAAGGAGCGCCUGCGCGAGCAGCAGGAGAGGCAGCGCGUGCAGCUCAUGCAGGAGGUGGAGCGGCAGCGCGCGCUGCAGCAGCGGCUGGAGCUGGAACAGCAGGGCAUGAUGGGAGCCGACGCCAGCGCCAACCGCGCGCCCCUCUCCCAAAUGGCCUUCUACAACUCAGACCUGCCCCAAGAUUUCAUGCAGCCCCAGAGGCCUAUGCUGCCACAGCAGCAGCAGCAGAUGGGGCAGAUGUUCCCCCAGCAGCAGGGAUUCAUGGGUCCUCACGCUGGCGCCCCCUACAUGCAGGGUGGGGAGCGCCGGCCUAUGGUGGGCAAUGGGGUCUUUGGCCCUGAGAUGGGUCCCAACUACCAACCUGGCAACCCUGCCUUACAGGGACCUAACUUUGUCCCCGGUCAGCCCAGACCACCAAGGUUCAUGGGACCGGGCAUGAUGAUGCAGGGAGCAGGGGACGGGCAUCCGUUUGGGAUGGAGCCGUCCACGCCCCUGCCCCCGAACUACCCUGGGUCUGGGCAGUCGCUGAUCCAGCUCUACUCCAACAUCAUCCCCGAGGAGAAGGGGAAGAAGAAGAGGAACCGCAAGAAGAAGAAGGACGAGGACGCCGACUCUGUGAAGACGCCCUCCACCCCGCACUCUGACCUGACCGCCCCGCUAACCCCCUGCGUGUCCGACACCUCCUCCACGCCCACCCGGAGUGCCCCGCACCUGGGGGAGUCGGACCCCUCCGAGCGUCUGCCGGGCUGCUCCACGCCAGGCUCCCUGGGCAGCCUGCCCCCCUCCGAGCUGGAGCGCCAGCUGUCCGGGGGCAGCGGAGGGGGUCCGGGUCGCCCUUGCGGCCCGGGCUCGCUGACGGACAGGAUCCUCAGCAACAUCAAGCUGGAGAGGGUGGAGGCCAGCGAGUGCCACGGCCCCCGGGACCACAAGCUGGAGACGGCCGCCGGGGCCGUCAAGGUGGAGGAGGGGAAGGACGGCGCUUCGCCCCGCCCGGCAGGCCACAGCCCCGCCCACGCCGCCAAGGGGGAGUCCGGGAACGAGCUGCUGAAGCACCUGCUGAAGCACAAGAGCACGCCCCCUCCGUUCCCGCACCAGAGGCCCGACGAGGGCCUGCGGUCGGAGGAUGAGGAGUCCCCGGAGAGCAAGGCCCUCCCCAAGCACGGCUCCACAGACACCGCGGGGCAGACGGCCUCCGAUGUUUCGGGCCACCCUCAGCCGGAGCAGGACAAGAAGAAGCCGCGCAACAAAAGGGCCCCCAAAAACGGGGAGAAGCCCGCCUCCCGCUACAAGAAGAGGAAGAAGGAGGAGGAGGAGCGACAGGCGGUCUACUCCAGCACCGACACGCUGAUGACACAGCUCAAACAGCAACUUUCCCUGCUGCCCCUGAUGGAGCCCCUGAUAGGGGUAAACUUCGCUCACUUCCCCCCCUACGGGAGCGGGCAGCUGAACGGGGAGAGCCGUCUCUCCGGGACCUUCGGCAGCGCCUCACUGGACGGAGUGUCCGACUACUACUCCCAGCUCAUCUACAAGCAGAACAACUUGAGCAACCCCCCCACGCCCCCGGCCUCCCUGCCCCCCACCCCCCCGCCCGUGGCUCGGCAGAAGAUGGUCAACGGCUUCGCCACCAGCGAGGAGCUCGCGAGCAAGGCGGCCAUCAUGGGCGGGCACGACGUGACCAAGGGCCUGGCUCCCAAGCAGAUCCAGGCGGCGUUCAGACCGGAGGAGGACCUGCUGGCUCGAGCCAUCGCUCAGGGCCCCAAAACUGUGGAUGUGCCCGCUUCCCUCCCCACGCCCCCGCACAACAACCAGGAGGAGCUCAGGGGACAGGAGCACUGCGAUGACCGGGACACGCCCGACAGCUUCGUCCCCUCCUCGUCCCCGGAGAGUGUGGUCGGCAUGGAGAUAAGCCGCUACCCAGACCUUUCCCUGGUGAAGGCGGAACCCCCCUCCCCCGCCCCUUCCCCUGUCAUUCCUAUGCUGCCGAGCUCCACUGGUAAAGGUUCUGAGGUCAGGCAGCGGGAUGUGAAGAUGGAGCCCCCAAACACCUUCUUCGGGUCGCAGUUCGGACACGCCCCCAAUGGCUCAAAGACUGGGCUGGUCUCCAUAGCGAUCACCCUGAACCCAGCUGCUGCUGAGAACAUCAGCGGGGUGAUGGCCGCCAUGGCUGACCUCCUGUGCAUGAAGGCCCCGUGCAACUACGAGGUCACCAACGCCCCCGACCGCGGCCCGCCGGCUCCCAUGUUCCGGGGCCCCGGGGCUGGCCCACAGGGCAUGGUGAGGUUCAUGAGGCCCCCCGGACCCCCAGGGGCCCUGCACUUCCCUCCCGUCGGCACCGGGCCAGCCAUGGUCAGGGGAGACCACCCAACUGGACCCAGACCACAGUGGUGUUGUCACUGCAAAGUGGUGGUUCUGGGUAAUGGAGUUCGAAAACCCGUCAAAGACUUAAACUGCAACAAAAAGGAUUCGUCACAGGUCCAAGGGAGGUCCGAGGGGGACAUGGUCUUCUGUAGCCAUAACUGCCUUGUCCUUCAUUCGUCCGCCACGCAAUCAAAGACUCCGGACACAAAGGAAGCGGUUGCCCUUCUCCCCUCCUCCACCUUCAAAGAGAGCCCUUCUAAAGCCCUGCACCAGUACAGCAACAACAUGUCCGCCCUGGAUGUGCACUCCCUCUCCCAGCUUCAGCCCAAGCAGUCUCCUCCCUCCACCCCGCCCAUCGCCUUCCCGUCGGCCGCCUUCGAGGCCACCAAGGCGGAGGCCAAGCCGGACGCCCUCAAGGUGACGGUCAAGCUGAAGCCCCGCCCCCGGGCGGUCCACAACGCGGACGAGGGCCGCCCCCACGGGAAGAAGUGGAAGGGCCUGCGCUGGAGGAAGUGGAGCGUCCAGAUCGUGGUCCCCAAGGGCGACUUCCGCCUGCCGGGCGAGGACGAGAUCGACGGGCUCCUGAAGAAGCUGGGGGCGUCGCUGCGGCCCGAGCCCCUCCCCCGGGACCGCCGCAAGUGCUGCUUCUGCCACGAGGAGGGCGACGGCGUCACCGACGGCCCCGCCCGCCUCCUCAACCUGGACCUGGACCUGUGGGUGCACCUCAACUGCGCCCUGUGGUCCACCGAGGUGUACGAGACGCAGGCGGGCGCCCUCAUCAACGUGGAGCUGGCGCUGCGGCGGGGCCUGACGGUGCGCUGCACCUACUGCCAGCGCACGGGCGCCACCAGCGGCUGCCACCGCCUCCGCUGCGCCAACGUCUACCACUUCACCUGCGCCCUCCGCGCCCAGUGCACCUUCUUCAAGGACAAGACCAUGCUGUGCCACCAGCACCGGCCGCGGGGGGGCGCCCAGGGCCAGGAGCUGCGCUACUUCGCCGUGUUCCGCCGCGUCUACGUGCAGCGCGACGAGGUGCGGCAGCUGGCCAGCGUGGUGCGGCGCCCCGAGCGCGACCACACCUUCCGCGUGGGCAGCCUCAUCUUCCACGCGGUGGGCCAGCUCCUGCCGCAGCAGCUGGCCGCCUUCCACGGGCCGGCCGCCAUCUUCCCCGCCGGCUACGAGGCCAGCCGCAUCUACUGGAGCAUGCGCCACGGCAACCGCCGCUGCCGCUACCUGUGCUCCAUCGACGAGAGGGACGACCUGCCCGAGUUCUCCAUCCGCGUGCUGGAGCAGGGCUACGAGGAGCUGCUGCUCACCGACUCCACCCCCAAAGGAGUCUGGGAUAAGGUUCUGGGGCCGGUGGCCGAGCGAAGGACCGAGUCUGGGACGCUGAAGCUCUUCCCCAUCUACCUGAAAGGAGAGGACCUGUUCGGGCUCACGGUCUCCGCAGUCACCAGGAUAACAGAAUCGCUUCCGGGGGUGGAGGCCUGCGAGAACUACACCUUCCGCUACGGCCGCAACCCUCUGAUGGAGCUGCCGCUGGUCUUCAACCCCACCGGCUCCGCCCGCUCCCAGCCCAACACCAGCUCCCAGGCCAAGAGUCGCGAGACCUUCGAUGUCACCCGGCUUCCCUCUCCCAGGCCUCGAACCCUGACCAGCUCUGGCACCAGCAGGCCCCUCCAGAACGCGUCCAGCGGGGAGCUGGGCACCCCCUACAGCAAGCAGUUUGUCCACUCAAAGUCAUCCCAGUACCGAAGGCUGAAGAGCGAGUGGAAGAGCAACGUGUACCUGGCUUGCUCGCCCAUACAGGGGCUGGGGCUCUACGCCGCUAAAGACCUUGAGAAGUACACCAUGGUGAUUGAGUACGUCGGGACUGUCAUCCGCAACGAAGUCGCAAGCAGGAAGGAGAAGUUGUACGAAUCUCAGAAUCGCAACGCGUACAUGUUCCGUCUGGACAGCGAGCACGUCAUCGACGCGACCCUCACAGGAGGACCAGCGAGGUAUAUCAACCAUUCUUGCGCUCCAAAUUGUGUGGCCGAGGCAGUGACAUUUGAGCGAGGCCACAGGAUUAUCGUCACUUCAAUUCGCAAAAUUCAAAAAGGAGAAGAGCUGUGCUACGACUACAAGUUUGACCUUGAAGACGACCAGCAUAAGAUCCCAUGCCACUGUGGGGCAGUCAACUGCCGAAAAUGGAUGAAUUAAAAUGAGAGAGAGAGAAAGAUUGAAAUGGAAAUCACAUGCAUUCCUUGACAUCAAUAUUACAGGAGAAGCGUGCUCCUGAGGGGGCGGGGGGAGCUCUUGGGAGCGGGAGGGAUGCUGGCGAGCUGUAGGAUGGCUUGAGCUUUGCCCGCUGCUCAGCAGGGCACAGUGGCUGUGCCGGACGACAGAUGUGGACAGCGGCCAAAAUGCCGACGGACUGUCACCUCCGUUCUUUAGUUAGUGCAGCAUCUUUUUUUUUUCCUGAACUUGGAAGGAAAAAGGCGAUUGGCUGUACCGUGCGAUAACAUGUGUGCGCGAAUGAAAUGAGGAGGGCCGAAUACACCAGCGAAUGAGGGGAGAGAGUACCGUGCUGGCCACCGCCUUAUUAGAUGAUUACGGGGCAGGCCCUCUGUUAUUAAAAGGUAAAUGUACACAUACACAGUAUAAGUUGAAUAAACGUAGACAUCACUGAACGGGGAAUGUAUGGAAAUGACUUCCUUAGGGAUGCAGCUAAGGGAAAAAUUAACUUGCACUAAAAAACAAAAACAACAAAAAACCAAAAAAAAAUUUAAAAAACUAAAAUGUAAAACUAAAAAAAAAAUUUAAAUACUUGAUUCCAUGAGUCAGUUUAUUGUAGUUUUAUUUUUUUCCCUGUUUUGAUUUCUGUAAAAUAAGAGGAACAUUUUUGUAUUUAUUACUGAAUAAGUGAAUGAAGCUAUUUUUAAGAUGAUGUGGAAAAGAAGGCUGAAUUGCUGCUGUUGCCUGCGGAUUGGACAGAUCCAGUCACAUGUACAAAGUGUAAAUAUCCGAAUCCACCGUCUAAAUGAAAUAGUAAUAAUUGACCAAAUGCUACCUUAACUUCAUGGCUGUUUGGGUGAUUUUUUUUUUUUUUUUCUUAUUUACAAUUUUUUUUUUUUUUUUUUUUGCUUUUUGUUUCAAAAAAUUAUUUAAUAAGGAUGUCAUGAUAUCAUUCUGAGAGUAUAUACUGUAUAAAUAUUCUGUACAGAAUGUGUAAAAUAAUUACAAUAAUUCACAAAAAAAGUAUUUUUGUUGUAUUGAGAAUAUAGUAUGGUUUUCGUGAUUUAAAAAAUGUAUUCUGACCACUUGAAAAAAUAUAAUUUCCCUUUUUCUUGGCUUUCCUUUAAUCUGUUUUUGUUCUCUAAUGAAUUCAUUGGUGGGGUGCAGGUGUAGGUGGUUUUGACAUCCUUACUGUAAAUCAGGUUUGACUUUAGAGCGAGUGAUAACUGUGAAUUUAGGUUUUAAAGCACCCAAACUGAAUUAGUUUGCUUCUUUCUAACUCGAUAGGCACAACUAGACCCUUCUUUAAUAUUCAUUUUUUGCAGACUUAGUACUGUGACUUUGAUAACAGCCACAGUCAUUCAAAGAAAACAGUUUUUGCCUUUUACAAUUUUCCUGAGUUUUGUCUUUGGGUUAGAAGUACAGAAAAAUUGAAAGAAAAAAAAAACUGAUGGUUUUGUUUACAUUUUCUUGCAAAAGAAAUAACUUUGGAUAGCGUUGGAUCAUGGAGAAAAACAAUUUGGAACCAGGAUCAUGUUUUUUGUACUGAAAUUAAUCUGGUACUGACACUUUGCAAACCACAGUUUGAAAUGAAGUUUUCAUUUGUGUGCACAAAUUCAGUCGACUGUAAAACUUUUGAUUUAUUCAGACAGUCUUGUAUAUGGCAUGAUGUAUUUUUUAAACUUCUAAAAGAAUCAGAUUGUGUAUAUUUUUUUUCUUGAUAAAAUCGCUGUAAUGAAAUUGUUCCUUGGAUAUUUUUCUUGUACAAUAUUCCAACAUCUUACCCUACGGUAUUUUCCCUGCAUUUUUUCUUUGUCCUGUAUAGUUACAGUAGUAUCUAAUGUUUUAAAGAAAUGAAGCCUUUUUGAAGUAUCCAGAGUGCUAUGGGUUUGAGUUUGUGGAACCAGAUUUAGGAGCAUUUGCAAAAAAAAUAAAAUAUUUUACAUCUUUA